UUAUUUAUUUUUUAACUCGUUGGGCAUCUGCAUCCGUGUCGCCCUUGGCCGUUUGCAUUGGCCCUUUGCGUGUUUGGCUUCUUUCUUUGUCUGCCGAACAGAGAGAGAGAGAGAGAGAGAGAGAGAAGAUGAACAAGUAUGGGGGGCAGAAGUGAUGGAAUGCAGGAUUAGGAUGGAGGAAUCUGGAUGCAAGGUUAAUGGCGGAAAGGAGCCGUUUUUUUUGGGCAGGACUGGUGGAAUUCUCUUGAGAAGGAGGAAUUUGGAGCUUUCUUUUGCUACUUUUACUCAUUUGGGUUGCUUUGGAUUUUGCAUCUGGCCUUUGCUUCUUAUAUGCAUUUGAAUGGAGCCUCCUCUGUCUGGCUUGCAUUGCUUUUCCUCAUCUUCGAAUCCACUUUUGAGUUUUGGUUUUAAGACGAAGCUUCUCUCAAAAGUCGAUUUCUCGGGGCGUUCAAUGGUACUGCUGCCAUUUGGUAUUCUUGUUGAUGUGUUUUUACCUUGCAGACUUUUGACUGCUUGAGGGCUUCUACUUUUGGUGGUGAAUUUGGUUGGUGGCUGGUAAUUUGGUGUAGAUAGAGUUCUUGUUGUUGUUGUUGUUGUUGGUUGGAGUCCAGUAAUACGUGGUGGUGGUUGUAAGAAGCUGGGCAAGGGGGCGUUUUGCAUUGGCGAUCAUACUUCAUAGCAUGGGAAGCAAAGGCUUACCCUUUUUGCUGCUAGUCAGCUUGAUGGUAUUGGCUUCGUUAGAGGCCUGCUCUGCUACUCUAUCACCUGCUGGCAUCAACUACGAAGUUGUAGCAUUGAUGGCCAUAAAAUUUGGACUAAAUGACCCACAUAAUGUACUGGAAAAUUGGGACAUUAAUGCGGUUGAUCCAUGUAGCUGGAGGAUGGUUACUUGCUCAGCAGAUGGUUAUGUUUCUGCACUGGGAUUGCCCAGUCAAAGCUUGUCUGGUACUUUAUCACCAGGGAUUGGAAACCUCACAAAUCUGCAAUCUGUGCUGCUGCAGAAUAAUGCCAUUUCUGGACCUAUUCCUGCGGAUAUUGGAAAGCUGGGGAAGCUCCAAACUUUGGAUCUCUCUAACAAUCGGUUAAGUGGUGGAAUUCCUGGAUCUCUGGGAAACCUGAAGAACCUCAACUAUCUGCGAUUGAACAACAACAGCCUCACCGGAUCAUGCCCUGAUUCAUUAGCAGAUAUCAAAGGUCUCACUCUCUUGGAUUUAUCUUACAACAACUUGAGUGGUUCUCCACCAAAUGUAUCUGCAAGAACUAUCAAUAUUAUAGGAAAUCCACUAAUCUGUGGGCCGAACUCAGUGAACAACUGUUCUUCUGUUUCCCCUGAUCCCCUUUCAUUUCCACCUGAUGAUCUAAAGACUCAUUCUCAAUCUGGAGGGAUGAGGCCUCGCCAUGUGGCUAUUGCAUUUGGUGCUACUGUUGGCUUUCUUACUAUAUUAGUCAUCGCAGUUUUCUUGCUUCUUUGGCGGCGACAAAGACGCAAUCAGCAGAUUUUCUAUGAUGUGAAUGAUCAAUAUGACCCAGAGAUAUGCUUGGGUCACUUGAAGCGAUUUUCAUUUAAAGAGCUCCGUGCUGCUACAAAUCAUUUCCAUCCAAAAAACAUAUUGGGGAAAGGAGGAUAUGGUAUUGUGUACAAAGGAUGCUUGCGUGAUGGUACGAUUGUUGCUGUCAAAAGACUUAAAGACUACAAUGCGAUAGGUGGAGAAGUUCAGUUCCAGACUGAAGUUGAAAUGAUAAGCUUGGCUGUCCAUCGAAAUCUUCUGAGGUUGUGUGGCUUUUGCACCACAGAGAAUGAGAGACUUCUUGUCUAUCCUUACAUGCCAAAUGGAAGUGUGGCUUCUCAAUUAAGAGAACAUGUUCAUGGGAGACCGGCUUUAGAUUGGACGCUCAGGAAGCAAAUUGCACUAGGAACAGCUAGAGGGCUCCUUUAUCUGCACGAACAAUGUGAUCCGAAAAUAAUUCAUCGUGAUGUAAAAGCUGCAAACAUCCUACUUGAUGAGGACUUUGAAGCAAUUGUCGGAGACUUUGGAUUGGCAAAACUCCUCGAUCACAGGGAGUCGCAUGUCACGACUGCAGUUCGUGGGACUGUGGGGCAUAUAGCUCCGGAAUAUUUGUCAACUGGCCAGUCAUCGGAGAAGACUGAUGUGUUUGGAUUUGGGAUCCUGCUGCUGGAGCUGAUUACUGGUCAAAAAGCUUUGGAUUUUGGACGAGCUGCCAACCAAAAAGGUGUAAUGCUUGACUGGGUGAAGAAACUCCAUCAAGAGGACAAGUUGAGUAUGAUGGUUGACAAGGACCUUAAAAACAACUAUGACAGGGUAGAAUUAGAGGAGAUAGUUCAAGUGGCUCUCCUGUGCACACAGUAUCAUCCUUCGCAACGUCCCAAAAUGGCUGAGGUGUUGAGGAUGCUCGAAGGUGAUGGCCUCGCUGAGAGGUGGGAGGCCUCACAAAAAGUGGACACACCCAAGUUUCGGUCUUCGGAGCAGCCACCUCUCAAGUACAUGGAUUUUGUAGAUGAAUCAUCUCUUGUUGAAGCCAUUGAGCUUUCAGGACCUAGAUGACAUUUCACUCAACUGUAAAUACUGUUAUGGUUUUUAAUUUUUGGCGGGUCUUUUUGUGUUUUAA